AGUCAUUUUAUUGUCAUGGACGAGUCGCACCUGAUUUUCUCCGUGAAUCCGAAGCUCCGACUAAUUAGCAUCCACUAUAAAUAUCAGCACCUCCUGGAACUAGAUUACUAUCGAUCCGAUCUUCACCCAGACAUGUUCCGACUGAUAUUGUUGUGUGCCCUUGCGCUGGCGGCGCACGCCGACGUCUCGCACUUGCUCAGGUCCAACCGCCCCUUCGCCGCCCCCAGUCGCUCGUUCGCGCCAGCCGCCCCCGCGUCCUACUCGCCGGGACGCCAGGUGGCCAUUCUGCGCCAGAGCCAGGACGUGGACCCCGACGGCGGAUACCAGUUCAGUUUUGAAACGGAGAACGGGAUCGCGGCUGAAGAAAGGGCUCAAGUGAGGGCUGCAGGGAACGAGCUGGAGAAGGUCGCUCAAGGGGCGUUCCACUGGACUUCUCCCGAGGGAGAGCAGGUUUCGGUGUCGUAUGUGGCGGACGGGAAUGGGUACCAGCCCCAGGGGAGUCACUUGCCGGUAGCGCCCCCAAUCCCGCCUGCGAUCCAGAGGGCUUUGGAUUGGAUCGCCGCUCACCCCCAGCCUGCUGAACGUGAACCUGUUUAUAGGAGAUUUUAAUCCGGAUAUGAUUAUGACAGUUGUUUGAGGUUUUGUUGUAAAAUAAUAAAAUAAGUUUUAUAAGA